GUCAGGUGGGGUAGGGGACCCCAGCCAAGGAAGAGUAAAUCUCAACCAUGCCAAAACUUUUAGGGGUGAAUUCUUUGCAACGUGCCCAUCUGAUCCAUGGAAUUCCUAAUGGUGAUAAUGGGACAUGGGGCAAAUUGCCAUCCCUAUUUCCUUUCUUCAUAGCCUAUGCAGAUAAGGUAAACAUGAAUAAUUCCUUUUAAAACCAUUUAUUUCCAUUUCUUUCCUUUCCUUUCCUUUCCUUCACUACAUUCAAUGCAAACAUUUGAAACAUAUUGUAGGGAUUGAAGCAAGUCGUGCCAUUCUUGUCACAAAACUCAGCUCCUUUCUUUAAUAAAUGAGCUGAGUUAAGAAUUAAGCUUGGAAUUUGACUUGUUUAUCAUAAACAAGCAAGGCUUAAGUGUUAUUGUAUUAGUAAAUAUGAGUUUGAGCU